UAGGACAACACUGGCCAGAUCGCAUGUUGGAUUUGUUUAUAAUUUUUGGCAAUGCAGUUUCAUUUUAAAAUCGCGGACGCUGAACGGGAUCGUGACAAUGCGGCGGCGACCAGCAAUGUGGGCAUCAAUCCCCACGCCUCCCUGCAGCCCCAACAACCGGCGGCAGUGGUGGAACCCAGCACGGAUGCACAACACGAGAUCAGACUUCAGAAUAUUGUGGCCACCUUCUCGGUGAACUGUGAACUGGACCUCAAGGCAAUCAACUCGCGGACUAGGAAUUCGGAAUACUCGCCCAAACGCUUCCGAGGCGUCAUUAUGCGGAUGCACUCGCCCAGGUGCACAGCAUUGAUCUUCCGGACGGGCAAAAUUAUCUGCACGGGUGCUCGCAACGAAAUCGAGGCGGAUAUUGGAUCCCGAAAGUUUGCCCGCAUCCUGCAGAAGCUGGGAUUCCCCGUCAAGUUCAUGGAGUACAAGCUGCAGAAUAUUGUCGCCACCGUAGACCUGCGAUUCCCCAUCCGCCUGGAGAACCUCAAUCAGGUGCACGGGCAGUUCAGUUCCUAUGAGCCGGAGAUGUUCCCCGGCCUCAUCUACCGCAUGGUCAAGCCACGCAUUGUUCUCCUGAUUUUCGUCAACGGAAAGGUUGUCUUCACCGGAGCCAAGUCGCGCAAGGACAUCAUGGACUGCCUGGAGGCAAUAUCACCCAUCCUACUCAGCUUUCGAAAGACGUAGUAGGAUCUUGGCAUCCAUACGUUAUCUCUACUUUUAGUUAGUGUAGAUCUUAUAUUAUAUUAUUUGACAAAAAAUGUAACAUUAUUAAGCACCAAUUUCUAAAAAGAUCAGCUUCAGUUGGGAAUUUUUUAAAUUUAAUGAAUUUGUUCUUAUUUAAACUUAUGUUAUUAAGGAAAUAACUCAUUUGACAUUUUAAAUACGGCUACAUAAGAAUUAUAUGUUCCAAUAUUAUUUGUUGAUGCAU